AUGAGCAAGUUCAUCGAGGCGGCCAACACGCUCGGCUUCACCGAACGCCAGAAGGCGGUCAUCUUUGCCGUCGUCGCGGCCAUUCUCCACGGCGGCAACGUCGACUUUGAGUCGCUCGACGAUGAGAGCUGUCGAAUUGGCGCCGAUGCGGAGGCCGGGCCCUUGGCACGGUUUAUUGCCCUGCUGGGCGUCAGCGGCCCCGCCUUGAAGCGGUGGCUGACGCACGAGGCGAUCAAGAGCGGCGGCGCCUUUGGCGGCGGCGAGGUGAUUGUGAAGCCGCUGAAUGCGGCGAAGGCCGCCUACAGCCUGGAGGCGAUGCUCAAGUACAUGUACGAGCGACUUUUCCUGUGGAUUGUCGGCCUGAUCAAUGUCAGCCUGGGGCCGCCUGGAGCGCUGAGUGAGUACCAGUUCAUCGGCGUCCUCGACAUCUACGGCUUUGAGCACUUUGAGACGAACAGCUUUGAGCAGUUCUGCAUCAACUACGCCAAUGAGGUCCUCCAGCAGCAGUUCAACCUGCACGUCUUCAAGCUGGAGCAGGAGGAGUACGUCCGGGAGGGCAUCGACUGGACCUUCAUCACCUUCAACGACAACCAGACGGUGAUUGACCUGAUUGAGACGCGCCCGCUGGGAAUCCUCUCACUGCUGGACGAGGAGUGCAAGGUACCGCGGGGCAAUGACGACAACUGGUGCACCAAGCUGUACGGCAGCCUCUCGGCGAAGUACGGCGAGGUGUUUCGAAAGCCCAAAUUUGGCUGGCAGCGCUCCUUUAUCAUUCAGCACUUUGCCGACGUCGUCACCUACUCGGUGGGCGGCUUUGUGGAGAAGAACCGCGACAAGAUGGAGGACGAGGUGGUGGAGCUGCUGAAGAGCAGCGAGGUCAUUGGCUGCCUUUUUGCGGAGGACCUGGGCGCUUCGGGAGCCGGAGGGGCUGGUGCUCCAGGAGCUAAAGGAGGCGCCGAUGGUGGAAAGGGCAAGGGCGCCGGCGGCAAGGUGAAGAUCACCCACCAGGACCAGCGAAGCUCGGCGGCGGCGGCGGCCGCUGCGGCGAAGAAGGCCCAGAAGGCCACCGUCGGCUGGCAGUUCAAGGAGAGCCUCGAGGCGCUGAUGAAGAUUCUCAACUCCACGGAGCCCCACUACGUCCGUUGCAUCAAGCCAAACGACGUGAAGGGGGCCUUCACCUUCAACAAUGAGCGGGCGGUGCAGCAGCUGCGCGCCUGCGGCGUCCUCGAGACGAUUCGCAUCAGCUCGAAUGGCUUUCCCAGCCGCUGGAGCUACCAGGACUUUGCCAAUCG